AACCGUGUUUUCAAAUUGCGAUUUCUAAUUUGUAUCAUAACGAUAUAUAUGGUGUUUAGUUGCACCAUAACAUUUUCCAAAAGAAUGUAGGAUAAGAUCGAUGACAAAGAUUUUCCGAAACAAGGUCACUAUUUUUUGUUUGCGAGUGUGAAAACUUUUCUGAUUGUUUUCAAUCGUCCGUGCUAAAUUUGGAGGGCUAAAGAAGAAGACAAGAGUGGUUGUGGAGACAGAGGGGAAGGAGGAGCGGAGAAGGGAGAUGGGCGUGCAGUCUCUGUUCAUAAAUGCAUGGAUUAGAGAGGCGCAAGAGGCUUCAAGGUUGGUGGAGAACUUAGAGAUCAAAAUCGAAAACAACCCACAGCAAGCACUUGGAGACACUGCUCGAUCCAAUCUUUUCGACCUUGGAAUCAAGCUUGAUCGACUUGAAUCUCUUCUUCACAACCCACCUUCCAAACCCAUCUUAUUAUUGCUGGAGUGGAUUUACAGAACUGAUCGAGAUUUGGAUUUUCGAUGGAAAAUGCUAUCAAAUAUCCAGCUAAGAACAAGAAUGGUGUUUCAGAGUCUGUAUGCAUUGCCAUCCAAAGAAAGGUCAGGAAACUUAGCUACUGGGGAUGCCAAAGAAACCUCUGCAACGGACAUUGGUUAUUACCAAGAUCAUACAAAGGUUACAUUCUCCCAAGAAGACCUGGAGCUGCUGAUGCCUCUUAUUACAGAUGAUGCAACCCGCAGUCAAUUGCAGAUCACGUUAUCCAAUUCUUUCGCAUCACAAAAUUUGCACUGGAGGAUUUGCCGGGUGAUUCUUGUAAUUUUAGGAGGGGGGGCUGUGUUUCUCCUUGUCUUGGUUAUCAUCACUGCAGUUGUAUAGUCUAUCUGCUCAUCUCAAUGAUUCCAUGUUGAGAUUUCAUAAGUAUGAAGCAGCAUUUGAUUGGUUCUUCACAUCUGAAGCUAUGGAAGAAAUUAGACAGAGCUGUUAGUUCAUACAUCUUUUCAAUACUUGGUGUUUUAGCAAAGAGGAUCUGGAGUACUAUUCAAUUUAUUUAUAGUUUUAUAUACAUGAAAUCUUUGACUUGAAGCUUGUCUUUGUUGUCUUUCUCACUUUCAUGUGGAUAGUGCAAAAUAUAAACUCUCAAUGGCAGGCGUAAUCUUGAAGGAAGUCCUUUAGGACAUGUUCAGGUGAAAUAUUUUGGAAGAAUGACUACCUUUUGGACUUGGUAUUUUUUAGCCUUGUGGAAGCUUUUAGAUAUGUUUGUGUUGGAUCGGAUAUGGACGACGAUCUCAUUUGAAAACCAAUUGGUGUCCAAUAAAGAUAGGUCAAACCUUUGAUGGCAUACAACAUCACACCCCACAAGCCUAUUCUCAGAGCCAUCACUUGGGUGAGGGUCCUUGGGCUUAAGAAUGGUAUUGUUGCAGACCAACAGUGUAUUGGCAUUUUUCUAUUUCAAUGACACUAAGCUGAUCUCCACCUAUCUUUGAUUGGCAAAACAGGUGUUAGCUGCACAGUUCUCAUCCUGAACCUAUACCAAUUCUGUCAUUAUACUCACAAGUGGUGGACCAGAGAGGCACAGAGAAGAAACCAAAGGCAAGUAAAAGCUAUAAAAUGAUAUAAAUGUGAGGACACUGUGGGCAUUUGAGAGGAGAAAUGAAAGAGCUCAGGAAUCUUGGAAAACGACUGAUAAAAGAGUUGGCUCCUCCUGCAAGGAAAAAAGGGGGUGAAAAGACUUGGCACCAAAAUAAAAUUUUGUUUUUUCAUUAUCUUUGGCCUGUAGAAGAGUGGAAAAAUGUGUUAGAAAAUAGUAAUAUCUAAUGCACCCUUGUCUAAGCAAACCAACAGUUCCCCACCCCAACCCCCCCACCCCCCUCCCUCUAUUUCAUUCCUUCCUUUCACCUACCAUGAAGCACACCCAUUUCUCCAAAUGAGGUGGCUUCAAUCCCUCUUCUCCCCAUUGAGGAAGCUCUGGUUUCGCCUGCACUCCACUCAAAAAAAGAGUAGAGGGAUAUACAUACUGUACGAGGAUGUGAAGUCCUGCCAGUAUGAAGAUGUCCAGAUUCUAUGGUCCAUACUGGUGGAGUCCAAUGCACCAACCUUGCCAUCAAAGCAAUGAAGGCUGCUCUCAGCCAAUUCUACCAUGUACAUGUAAAUUAUAGGCCCUGUGUCUGUUUUAGAAGGUUUUGUUCUUGCCAUGUUGUGAAGGAAGUUGAGUUGCUUUGUCUAUUUUUGGGCAGUUGGGGUGGCAGUUGGCUCUUUUUCAAGUGUGUAAAGAACCCUUUUUGGGGUUAUGUAAAUGCAUAAUUAUUACGGAAUUGAUGGGAGAACUUGAUGAUGUUUUUCACUAGA